UGUGAAAAUUGGGAGGCAAUAUGCUUUCACCACAGGCUCAUUAAGACCUGUCAUCCACUUCUGGAGUGCUUAAAAUAAAGUGCACAGAUACAGAGGAAGCUGAAAGAGUCAAGAAGGCAGAUGAUACAGAAAUGUUUUGAGCAAAGUGUGUUACUCAGAUCUCUCUAAAGUACAUUUCUGCCUUUAUUCUGAAGGCCACAGCACAGCCAACUCUGCCUAAUGCAAGUAAUGGAACCAAUCUCUCCCUUUGAUCAUCAAAAAGCACAGAUGAAGGACGGUGCCAGGCUGGGCAGUGACAAGGUUUGAGGCAGCAGGAGCCAAGGGAUGAAUUGUGAGCCUUGGAAAACUUGGAUGGAUCUUCCCCUGCCACCAGCCCUGGUUAGGAGGCAAACUCCUCUUUGAAGCUUCGUUUCCCCUCCCUCAGCCCUGGGACAACAUCAAACCCAUCCUCUGAGCUCUCCUGGAGGGCACAGCAGAGGCUUUCCAGCAGAAAUAUUCCCAAUAUCCCAAGCUGGAAGGGACCCACGAGGAGUUCAGCUCCUGUUCCUCUGUGGCAAUGCUGAAAUGGCAGAAAAUUUCCAGUGCAAUCCCAGCCUGGUGCUCCAGGGGUUCCCACUUUAUCUCAGCUGAGCUGGACUGAUAAAAUCCCUCAUCACCAGCAUCCACCCCACUCCUGGAUCUCCCACAGGGCGCCAGCUGAGCCUGAGCUUGAGGAGAAAAGGCAGAUUUGGGCAAAGGCUGACAGGAUGGGGAUGGGGAGAGGGGCUGGGGCAAGCCAGGAGUGCUUUUGCCUCUCCCCAGCAGCAGAGGCACUCGGGAACGGGAAGUGGCUGAGGCUGAAGCAUCAAGCAGGGAACAUUCUCCAUUAAGCCAAGCUUUGUGUUCAAAAGCCCUCUCUCGGUGUUACAUGUGUGGCUACUCAGCCCGGGCUCUUCAGCCCUCUCUGCUGCAGCCAGGCUCCCAUUUGGAGCCUAUCAAGGCUGUCUGUUUUUAAUUUAACCCUUCCUUUUGGAGUGGAUUGGUCUUGAAAGGCAUGAAAAGGCCGGGCUCCAGAGCUACCUCACCUCUUCAAGAGGCACGGCAAGCCCCCUCUCUCCGCUCCCGCAGCUCGGCGCGGCUCCGUCCCUUGCCCGCUGCCCGAGGGGGCCCGAGCUGCCAUGAACCUCAACUUCACCUCGCCCGUGCUCCCCGUCUCCACGGGCCGGCCCACCUCCUUCUUCAUCGAGGACAUCCUGCUGCACAAGCCCAAACCCCUGCGGGAGGUGCCCCCCGAGCACUUCCCCGGCUCCCUGGCCUCCCGCGUGCCCCUCUUGGACUAUGGGUACCCCCUGAUGCCCACCCCGACCCUGCUGGCGCCUCACCCGCACCCCGCCCUGCACAAGCCGGAGCAUCACCACCACCACCCCUAUUUCCUCACCACCUCGGCGGGCUCCGCUUUUCCGCUCCUCUCCCGCACCCUGCGGCUCUGCCCGGGCCCGUUCCUUUUCUGCAAGGAGAAAACCUCCAAAGUUUCCCAAGCCGUGUGCCAGCGGGGCCGUGAAGGAUGGCUUCCCCCUUCCCAGUCUUUUCCAGGGCUCCCUCCGUUUUUUUCGUGCCCGUUUCGUUGUGGUUUCCUCGCCGGGAGGGUUCAGGUGGCCGCUCCAGCCUCGAGUCCCCUCCGGUGGUUUCACCUUCCCGGGGGUGGGCUCUUGGAAAACCCCCCCGUUUUCAUCACAACAAAACCCCCAAACCCAAACCAAUCCAUCGACCUCAAAAACGAAACAAACGAAAAAACCACAAAAAAAUCAAAGAGGCGGAGGGAGAGGCCACCGCGAGCAGGAAAAGUCCGGCAUUCCUGGGGGUCCAGGCUCCUUGGCCGACCGCAGCGAGGGUCUCCGCCCCGUGUCCCCCCAGGAAUGCCGGUGCCAGCGCUUUUCCAGCACCACGCUCACGCCGAGCUGCCCGGGAAGCACUGCCGCCGCCGCAAAGCCCGCACCGUGUUCUCCGACUCGCAGCUCUCGGGCCUGGAGAAGAGGUUUGAGAUCCAGCGGUACCUCUCCACGCCCGAGCGGGUGGAGCUGGCCACGGCCCUCAGCCUCUCCGAGACGCAGGUGAAAACCUGGUUCCAGAACCGCCGCAUGAAGCACAAAAAGCAGCUGCGGAAGACGCAGGACGACCCGAAGCAGGCGGGCGGGGAGGAGAGCCGGGAGCAGAGCUCCCCCGAGCCCGAGCUGCCCGAACCGGCCGGGGCCGAGCCCCGCAAGGGCCCCCCCGGCCCCUUCCUGCUGCAGGACCCCGAGGACGAGGUGGACAUCCUGGAGGAGGGGGACAUGUGCCCCCACCGCCUCUAGGACAGCCGGGGCUCUCCUGCCUCUCCUUGCCCACCUGGCCCCGCAGGUCGCCCCCGAACGGCUCGGGAAGGGGGUCACGGCUCGGGAAGGGGGUGUGGAUGCGAGGGGAGCCCCCUCCCCUCCCCGGGGCGAAGGUGGCGAUGCCCCCGAGGGGGCCGGGACCCCGCGGUGCCGCCGGUGCCCCCCAGCAUCACCCCAAGGCUGGGCUUGGCUCGGAAAUCUGGGGCGGGGGGGAGUGAAACGAGCCGAGUUUGUUUUAGCUUCCCCCUUCCCUCCGAAGUGUCGGAGUUUUCCUCGCUCCCCGAACUUUCCUCGGGUGUAAAAUAAAUGUAUACUCGUGGCAGCGUGUUGUGGUUCCUGGGAGCGGCAGGCAGGGCAAAUUUCACCCUUUAUUCCCCGAAUCCCUAAAUCCUCGCCGCUCUUCCCACGCUCGCCGUCUCCAUCCCCAGCGCGGGAGGUCGGGCAGAGCUCCCAAGACGUGCAUAAAUAAAAAGAAUUGUAAGAAAAACCCUCCGAAGAAACAGGUAAGGCAAAAAUUCCGGUUUAUUUCAUUCCGCUCUGGGCAAGUGAAGGGGGAGCAUCUCCAAUAAUUCGAUUUUGCCACGGCUGCACGGAGCAAACAGCGCUCCCAGCCAGAAAAAAGGGAUUUUCUACAACUUGGAGAAGUGUCGGCAGCCUGAUUCCUGCCCGGCUUCCAGGUGUGGAUGCCGGAUAAUUCCCUUUUUCUCUGAAACAGCCCCGGAGCGGGUCCCGCGUUCGGCUCCCGCCUCCGUGCGCUCCGCGUCGCGCUCGGCUGGAGCAGCCCCGGCCGCGCUCGCUUUGCCUUUACCUCCCUGCCAGGGAAAUGGGCUUCAUUUCCAGGUAAAUUCAGAUUUUUUUAUCGUUUAGUUUUGGUUUUGGGCUGAGCUGCUGGCUGGGAAAUGCGCCGGGAGCGCGGCGGAGGUUCAGCAUCUCCGGGGUGAGGUUGGGAUUGGGAAUUUCGCCGGGAAAAGCCUGGAGCGGGGGCUGUGCUGGCUCAGAAUCCCCGGCUGCAGCAGCACCACGGCGGCGUGGCGGUGUCUCCUUAGGUUAUUUAAUUUAUUUCCUUAUUUUUUUGGGUUUUUUUCCGCGGGAAUUUCAUUGGGUUGUCUGGCGUUUUAGCACUUUCAGGGCAUUUUGGAUGAUGGGACAUGUCGUUUUGUGAGGGGAAAACGUUUAAUUUUCCUGUUUAAUAUAUAAAAUAUAGACGAUUGAAAUGUGUAUGUUCGCUUCCUUUUUUUUGUCAGUCUGCCUUUCUAGUUUUUUACAUGUAAAAUAAAGAUCACACACUGUGUAGAGGAAAACCCCCAAUACCCAUCCACCUUUCCAGGAAAAGCUGCUUGCUUUUAAUAAAUCCUUUCAGGACAAUUAUUUCUACUAACAAAAAGCCACCAAUCUCCCUAAAAAUUAGGAUUUUUAAAGCAACCACUUUGCUCGGCGGGGUUUGAAGCAGAACCGGCUGGAAAUGCCGCUCCCAGCUCCGGUUUCUCCCCUUCUCCCAAUUCCCGUGGGUAAUGAAGCGAUGGGAAUUAAAAAACCUGGAAUUUUCACACUGUUCCUGUGUAUUUUGCUCUGUGAUUAUUGUCAUUCUCCCCCCCAGCACGCGUUUCAAUGGGAAUUAUUAAAAUUAACAUCAGAUCCACAUGAUAUUUAUGGGAUCUAUAUGAUAUUUAUGGGAUCCACAUGAUAUUUAUGGGAUAUUUUUUUUUUUGGCCGCAUCUGCCGCUGCUGUUCCAGGGUCGGGAACGGCUCGGGGCUGGCCUGGCUCUGCCCUGAGGUGCAAGAUCUAUGAGGAAAAGGUCAAAACACGACUCAAAAACCUCUCAAACCUCUGCUGUUGCUCCCCUGCCACUCCUGGAACUCCCUUCCCAAAAUAUUUCUGCCCAUCAAUAAAACAAACCCCGCAACCAUUUUCACCUCUGGGCGGUUUUAGGCACCUUGGCUGCCAAUUAAAGCUAAAAAUCAGAUUAAAAAGCGGUCCCACACAGAGUGGGAAUAUUCCCAUUCCCAGGGACGUCCCCAUCCCAGCGGGACAUCAGAGCCUUG